AUGGCAGGAAUCUCGCUUGACACCAAAAACCUUUCCGAUAUAGCAGACAGACUCGAAGCUGAACAUCAGAGUCUGAACCCGGCCUCGGGGGGACCGAGGGACUUGGAAGGGUUGGAGGUCAAUUUGGAGGCGCUGGAGAUCGAUGAGGAGGCAUGUACGAUGCAACCAGUUGGAGACACGACAGCCCAUUUCUCGGGGGAAUUCUCAUAUUGGAACUUUUCUAUGCGGAUCAAAAACCUGAUUGAGAGCCAAGUCCAAGAGCCGGAGAGCCGCCGGGGAGGCAAAAGCGAGAACGAUGAUUGUGCGUCCGCCUUUCCACGUGCGCAUCAUCUACGCCCUGGGCACAAUCACUUGUCGGAAGCAAUAUCAUCGUUUCCCCCACGCAAUAUAUCAGAUUUCCUCGUGACAGUCUUUUUUAAGUUCGCAGAGAGCUAUCUCUUCUUUAUCGAAGAAAGCUGGGUUCUCGAGAAAUUGGAUCUGCUAUAUAAGAGCCCUAGGAGUCUGGCCCAAGCUGGUGGCGAAGUGACGGUCAGCAUACUCCUAACAGUUCUUGCCAUUGGAACACAAUACGCCCAUCUUGAGCAUACUAAGGGUCCUGAAAGCAUGUCGACGUCAGGUCUCUUGGAGGAAGAGAUAGGCGCCAUGUUUUACCAACACGCAAUCCGGCUGCUUCCUGAGAUUAUUGAGAUCUCGUCUCUGGAAAGCGUGCAGGCGUGUCUAUUGUUUGGAUACUAUUCCCUGCCGAUUGACGCUUCUGGCCUGGGGUUUAUCUACAUCAACCUGGCCACCAGGCUGGGGAUACAGAACGGAAUGCAUAGAAAAUGCAGCAAUAGCGCCUUUAGCGCAAACGUUAUUGAAACUCGGAAUCGAGUUUGGUGGACAACCUACGUGUUGGAAAGGAAGAUAUCUAUUUUCCAUGGCCGACCUAUGUCGGUGUCGCGGUCAAAUAUCGAUGCUAGGUUACCGAUACAUGGGAAUGUUUUACAAUCAGAGGAUUGGCGUAAACAAGCCUCUUAUACUGGAGUCUCUGUACAGCUGAUGUACUUCCUCGAAGACAUGUACCACGAAAUCAGUAUCUUGCGAAACUGUCCAAAGAAAGAGAUAGUUACAGUUAUAUCGAGGCUCGUGGCCAAAAAGGACGGCCUGACAGCAUGGUGGCAAUCUCUCCCUCCGGAUACAAUCGACGCGAAUGCGCAACCAAAAACGGCACAGUUCCGUUCGGCAAUGCAUCUCAGACUAGAUUACUGCCUGGUGCGUAUGUUUGUCGGAAGGCCAUUUCUAUUGAAGAGAGAAACACAAGACGCUGGGACAAGCCCGUCUGUGCCCGAAAACAGCCCCGGCGUCGGAGAAAGAAGUGCCUCGAAUGCGAUGUCUAGCCGAGAAGAGCUGAUAAGCGACUGCAUAAAAGCGGCAACAGAAGCCCUUGAUAUCUGCCAGCAGCUACGGUCGAGCGGGAUGGGUCUCGCUCGGGCCUCGUAUCCUGAGUACAGCGCGUGUCGGGCGUCAUUGCUCGUGCUGAUUGCUUACUCGAUCCGCAAUUUCUCUGGCCAGUUCCGCAAGUCGCUGUGUGAGGGAUUGAAUAUGAUACGGGAAUUGUCUGCUGGGGAGUCGGCGCGAUCCGAGGUGGCCUUGAUCGAGUCGCUCGAGCGUGCACUUGCUCGCUUGCACGCUGGACCACCACCGCACGAGGGCAGUCACAGCCACGGAAACCCCGGUUCGGAAUAUGAGGCAUUUCGCAGCUGGGUAGCCAACUUGGCAGGCAAGAAUGCGCAGGAUGCCACUACAUCUGCGGUUCCAGAUGCCCCAGGUAAUCAAGCAGAGAUGGACUCCUCAUCCAGCUGGCCCGUAGACCUUGAUGCCCUUUCCAAUAUGGACUUUUUCAGUGGUUACGACCCCGCGUCUGAUCCUCUACUUCAACUACCCACAUUCGGAGCCGAAGAUCUCUCUCCGUCUGAUGGGUGGCUUACCCAAACCGAGACCGAAAUACUUGGACGAUUUAUUACAGGACCUCAUGGAGGAAAUUAG